UGUACUCAAAUCUAGCUUUCUGCCCUCGAGCAGAGCUGCUGACACUCCACUUGACAGGCGAGUUAGACAUGAAUAAUGAUAACCACAUGAGCUCAGGUUAAAACGCUGACAACACGCCUUCCCUCAGCAGUCCUCCUUCAGGUCACUGUCUGAGGCACUGCACUUUCCCCCAGUUCAAGCUAACGGCUAACGGUGCGGCUGCGUGUAUGGGUCCUCUUCAGCGAGACGUGUACCUGAGGCUCAGCUUACCCAUCUUUUUCACGGCUUUUCUCUUUUUCGUCGACGUGUUUAUCGAAACCAAAUCCUGCCAUGUGGACACGGGGGGUCAGACCUUCAACUUCAGCUCCAACCAGGGAUCCGACGAGGGCAACAUUACACAUCAGAGUCAUCACAUGAAACGGGUCUGUGUGCACGGUGGAGGGCUCUUUUGCGUACGGACAAGCGACCUACAUGACGGGUCUCCUCAUUGGCUCCAUAUUCGGAGGCGCGUUAUCUGACAAGUAUGGAAAAAAGGUCCUGUUGGUGGGCAGCUCUGUUCUUCACUCGGUGGUCGCGCUGCUCACUGCGUUUCUCCCCCACGCGCUUUUCUACCUGAGCGCGCGCUGCAUGGCGGGAAUCGCCUGCUGUGCCGUUCACAUCUGCACCUACAGCCUGGGAGUGGAAUGGAGUUUACCAAAGUAUCGUAUCUGGCCGACCACUCUUCUCUCCUUCAUCUUCAGCUUGGGCAUGAUGGCGCUGGCUGCUGUGGCUUACCUCACCAACAGCUGGAUGCAGUUCCAUCUGGCUCUAGCCCUUCCACAGAUACUCUGUCUGCCCCUCUAUUUCUCAAUUCCAGAAUCUCCGAGAUGGCUUCUUCUAAAUAAGAAGACUCACGUUUUAGAGGACUACCGCAGUAGGAGUCCAGAGGACAGGCAUUAUCUUGAUUUGCUAUUGGACACAGUGGGGAAUGAGUGUCAGAAGACAAACAACGAAGAAACGGAUAAUAAACAAUGUUCUGAUUUCACCCACUUUAAAUCAUCCACUAUAGUUCUGCGUCUGUUCGUCAUGAGUUUUAUUGGGGUGGCAUCUGCCCUCACCUAUUAUGGAAUCUGCUUCAGUGUGGGGAGUUUUGGUGUGGAUAUCUAUUUGGCUCAGUUCUUCUCGGGGCUGUCAGAGUCUCCUUCACUCUUCCUGCCACUUCUGCUGGCACGAUGGGGUCGUAGAUCCUUCAGCAUGGCAAGUCUGCUGCUCAGCGGAGUUGGCUGCUUGCUCUCUCUCCUCAUCUCCAAGUUCUGUGACAUACCCGCUCUGGUGAUGGCCCUCGCUCUGCUGGGAAAGCUUUGUGUGCAGGCGACGACCUGUGUUGCUCUCCUCUACGGCAUAGAGCUGUUCCCUACUGUUAUAAGGCAGAAGUGUGUGGGCCUGGUGAGUCUAUGUUACCGGGUGGGCUGCAUUGUAAAUGCAGUGGUGGCUCCUAAGGGUGGAGUCUCUCUGGGAGCCAUGAUCUGUUACAGCAGUGGACCCAUCCUGGGGGCAGGGCUGUGCUUGUUGCUCCCAGAAACCAGCGGCAUUCCUUUACCGGACACAGUCCAGGACUGCGAGAAACAACCCAGGCUGAAGCUGGAGCUGGGAUCCUGCUGUGCUCAGUGGUCAACAAAUCACAAACCAAAAAAGGAACAUGCCUUCACUAAGGCAAAAGACUUGGAGAGCCAAUUGGAAUCCAGUGCCAUUUCUUCAUAGUCAAAUCCCAUGAAUUUUAUGAGGCAUCCUCUGC